UUCAAAAGGGAAAAAAGUCUAUAUGAGCCAAACACAGGAUCCAUCCAUGGGCCACAAAUAUUGUUUUAUGGUUUCUGGGUUAACUGAAAGAAUAACUUUUGAAAAGAUAUGGGGAGUGGGACCCAGAUCCCAAAUGGAGAGACUUGCCUCAGCUGGAGGAGGGAAAUUACAUUUUCGUGUGUGGAGUCAUCAGACACUGAAAUCUGAUGUUUUGUUGGGAACUGCUGCAUUAGAUAUCUUUGAAACCUUAAAGUCAAACAACAUGAAACUUGAGAAAGUAGUUGUGACUUUACAGCUUGUAAGUUACAAAGAGCCAACAGAGACAAUAGGAGACUUGUCAGUUUGUCUUGAUGGGCUGCAGUUAGAGUCUGAAGUUGUUACCAAUGGUGAAACUACAUGUUCAGAAUGUGUUUCACAGACUAAUGAUGUCUCCAGACCCAAGGAUGAAGCAAAAACACAUCCAAAUGGAUCAGAUGAACCUGAGGAUUCAGGGACUGGUGAAAAUAGGAAGGUCAAUGGGAAUAAUUCUCCAUCACUCUCAAAUGGCGGUUUUAAACCUUCUAGGCCUCCCAGACCUUCACGACCACCUCCACUUACCCCAUGUAGACCAGUAUCUGUCAAUGGUUCACCAUCUGCCACUUCUGAAAAUGAUGGAUCCAGUAUGGGCUCUCUGCCACCAACAAAUAUAAAUUGAAAUACAUCUGAAGGAGCAACAUCUGGAUUAAUAAUUCCUCUUAAUAUAUCUGGAGGCUCAGGCCCUAGGCCAUUAAAUCCUGUACCUCAAGAUACCCUACCAUGUGGCUGGGAGCAGAGAGUGGACCAGCAUGGGUGAGUUUACUACAUAGAUCUUUUUGAAAGAAGAACAAUGUGGAAUAGACCAGAACCUCUACCUCCUGGCUGGGAACAGUGGGUUGACAACAUGGGACAUAUUUAUUAUGUUGACAAUUUCACAAGAACAACAACAUGGCAGAGGCCAACAUUGGAAUCCAUCUGGAACUAUGAACAUUGGCAGCUCCAAUGUAGUCAGCUUCAAGGAGCAAUGCAGCAGUUUAACCAGAGAUUCAUUUAUGGGAAUCAGGAUUUGUUUACAACAUCGCAAAAUAAAGAAUUUGAUCCCCUUCUUUCCCUGCCUCCUGGAUGGGAGAAGAGAACAGACGGCAAUGGUAGAGUACAUUUAGUCAACCACAACUCUUGUAUUACACAAUGGGAGGACACCAGAAGUCAAGGUAAAUUAAAUGAAAAGCUCUUACCUGAAGGCUGGGAAAUGAGAUUCACAGUAGAUGGAAUUCCAUAUUUUGUGGACCACAAUAGAAGAACAACCACCUAUAUUGACCCCCGCACUGGAAAAUCUGCUCUAGACAAUAGACCACCAAUAGCCUAUGUACGGGACUUCAAGGCAAAUGUUCAGUAUUUCCGGUUCUGGUGUCAGCAACUUGCGAUGCCACAGCACAUAAAGAUUACAGGGACAAGAAAAACAUUGUUUGAAGAUUCCUUUCAGCAGAUAAUGAGCUUCAAUCCCCAAGAUCUGCGAAGACGUUUGUGGGUGAUUUUUCCAGGAAAAGAAGGUUUAGAUUAUGGAGGUGUAGCAAGAGAGAGGUUCUUUGUUUUGUCAAACGAGGUGUUGAACCCCAUGUAUUGCCUGUUUGAAUAUACAGGGAAGGAUAACUACUGCUUGCAGAUUAAUCCUGCUUCUUACAUCAAUCCAGAUCACCUGAAAUAUUUUUGUUUUAUUGGCAGGCUUAUUGCCAUGGCUUUGUUCCAUGGGAAAUUCAUAGACACAGAUUGUUUGUUUGUUUGUUUGUUUGUUUUUGUUUUGCCAUUCUAUAAGCAUAUAUUGAACAAACCACUUGAACUCAAGGAUUUAGAAUCUAUUGAUCCAGAAUUUUACAAUUCUCUCAUCUGGGUUAAAGAAAACAAUAUUGAAGAACGUGGUUUGGAAAUGUACUUCUCUGUCGAUAAAGAAAUUUUAGGUGAAAUCAAGAAUCAUGAUUUGAAACCUAAUGGUGGCAAUAUUCUUGUGACGGAAGAAAAUGAAGAGGAAUAUAUCAGAAUGGUAGCUGAAUGGAAGUUGUCUCAAGGUGUUGAAGAACAGACACAAGCUUUCUUUGAGGGCUUUAAUGAAAUUCUUCCCCGGAAAUAUUUGCAAUACUUUGAUGCAAAGGAAUUAGAGGUCCUUUUACGUGGAAUGCAAGAGAUUCAUUUGAAUGACUGGCAAAGACAUGCCAUCUACCAUCAUUACACUAGGACAAGCAAACAAAUUAUGUGGUUUGGGCAGUUUGUUAAAGAAAUUGAUAAUGAGAAGAGAAUGAGACUUCUGCAGUUUGUUACUGGAAUCUGCUGAUUGCCAGUUGGAGGAUUUGCUGACCUCAUGGGGAGAAGACCACAGAAAUUCUGCACUGAAAAAGUUGGGAAAGAAAACUGGCUACCCAGAAGUCAUACCUGUUUUAACCACCUGGACCUGCCACCCUACAAGAGUUAUGAGCAACUGAAGGAAAAGCUGUUAUUUGCUAUUGAAGAAACAGAAGGAUUUGGAUGAGAGUAACUUCCGAGAACUUGUGCCACCAAAGGACAAGAACUUAUUUGCAAUGUUUGUCCUUUUCCUUCUCUGCUUGUUGCACAUCUUGUUGUAAAAUUGGGCUGUGACUGUUUAGAGAAUUAUUUGAGUCUAAGUAAAUUAACAUUAUCAUUGAGAUUUAUCUCCCAGUGAUUCUGGAUUUCCACUCCAUGUUUUCAGAAAUCAGAUUGCAAAUGACUAGUCAAAACUUACUUAACAUGAGAUUUAACACAGCAAUGAAAUCUGCCUUGUCUUAUUCCACUAGACUGUUACCUUAACAACAGUUUUGUAUACAUGUGUCGAAAAUAAAAAAAAAAGAAACUCCAUACUUAUUAAGGAAGCCAUCACUCUC